AUGAACAGACUUGAUUGCUCUACCAUAAUUGUAAAUACUCCACAAUUCCAUGUUUCCGAUGAACCAGCGGAGACACCUCAAUUAAGUAUGCAAGUUUCUGGUAAACCUAUUAAGUUUCUAGUUGACACCGGGGCAACUACAUCAUGUUUAAGGAAAAAGGACUUAAGUUGCCCUUUGAGUAACCUCUCUGUUCAAUCUGUCGGUAUCUCUGGAGUCCCACAACGAGAGCCCCUGUCCGUUCCACUGCCUGUUGAUUUGGAUGACAUCAAACUGCAACAUUCAUUUGUUGUUAGUGCUACAACACCGAUGUCCUUAUUGGGACGGGAUUUAUUAAGUAAAUUGAAUGCGGUCAUUACGUGUUCACCCGAUGGUAUUGAAGUCUAUAUUCCAGCAGACAAGACAUAUCAGCUAUUCUCCCAUCUUGUUGAAGUGUCACAUAAUGCCACCAGUGUAUUGACAAAUUGUGAUUUUAUCCCUGACCUGUUUACUUUGACAAAUAUCAAGAAAUUGGCAUCUUGUCAGGCUGCUAGUGCGGCGUUGAUCAUACAUUUGAGAUCUGUCAAUAUGCCCUUUUCUGAUGAAGUAAUUGAACCUACCGACAUGGAGGAAAUUCCACAGCGUUUUUUUAUGUCUCCAAAAGGUCUUGUACUUUUAUGGAAAAACAAGGAAGGGGUUCUUCAUUUUUUUAUCUGUGCUGUUCGAACUGAUUUUGGGGAUAUGGACCAUCUUUUGAUUUCCUGUCAAGACUAUCUAAAAAGGACACCUGAUCAAAUUGAUCAAAAUAAGGAUUACAUCAUCUGGUCUUAUGGUCCUGAACCUACGCAUUUCUUUAUCAAACUGUUGCAAACAACGGGCAAACCCUUGAUUUCUCUUAUGGACCACACGGAAAUCCUAUUGCAACCGCCUUCGAUUUUAGCGGCUGUACCUUCUAAACUUUGGGCUUUGCAUGCAAAUCAUGUAGGAUUAUUGAAUGUGCCACCCUAUCAGGCUAAAAUUAAUCCUAAGAAAUACCCAGUGUUUGUUAAACAGUAUCCUCUCUCAAAAGAAAAAGAAGACGGCAUAAGACCGGUAAUUGAAAGUCUUCUGGAACAAGGGGUGAUUGUUAAACGACGCUCCCAAAACAACACCCCGAUAAAUCCUAUUCUUAAACCUGGAACUAAUAGGUAUAGAUUCACACAAGAUUUGCGAAAAAUUAAUGAAGCCGUAAUUCCUAUUGCCCCUGUAGUGCCUGAUGUCAACUCCAUUCUAACAGCGUUACCCGCAAAGUCAAAAUUCUAUACAGCGAUUGAUUUAUGCUCUGCCUAUUUUUCAAUCCCUGUACAUGUAGAUACACAGGAUUUAUUCGCGUUUACGUAUAAAAAUGAUCAAUACGUUUGGACCAGAUUGCCUAUGGGAUUUGUUGAUUCAGCUGUUGUGUAUUCAGCCGCUGUUAAUAUGCACUUGUCUCAGUUAAUCUUGCCAUGUCGAUCCUGUAUUCUACAGUAUUCCGAUGACCUCCUUCUUUGCUCAGAGACUGAAGAAGAAUGCAUUCAAGAUUCGGUGGCUUUAUUGACACAUCUUGCUGACGGAGGUCACCGAGCAUCCCUCGCAAAGCUCCAAUUCUGUCAGGAAUCGGUCAACUAUCUGGGCUAUGUUCUGCGAGCUGGGUGCAGGUAUUUAUCUCCGGAACGAGUGGCAGCCAUUAUGGAUAUUCAAAAACCUCGGAUGAAGACUGAAAUGUUAUCCUUUUUGGGACUGGUGAACUAUUGUCGACCCUGGCUGGCGGAUUAUGCCUUUUUUGAUUCUGUGUUAAGGAGGUCAACUCUCCAAGAUGCACCUGAAGCUAUUAACUGGACUGAGGAUAUGAAACACGCCUUUCGUCAUAUCAAGUACCUCCUGUGCACGGCCCCAGCGUUGGGACUUCCGGACUAUAACCUUGACUUCCAUCUAUAUGUGUCAGACAAUGGGGAAGUCACCUCUGCAGUUUUAGCACAAACGCAUGGUGAACGAAUGAGACCAGUGGCAUAUUACUCCAAAUCCCUUCCGUUGAUUGUACAGGGCAUGGUCCCCUGCUUACGAGCCGUGGCUGCUGCAGCAAUGAUGGUUGAAAAAGCGCAGACCAUAGUUUUGGGGUAUCCUUUGACCCUUCACACCACGCAUGCGGUCAAUGUCAUCCUUCUUAACAUAACAACUCAACAUAUGACUAGUCAGAGAAGAAGCAAUUAUGAACAUAUUUUGACGGGAACGCAGAAUCUGACCAUUUCUACAGCAACUCAUACUAACCCUGCCAUACAUCUCAAGUCCUUAUUACAUGGAGAUAAGGACAUAGAUGAUGUCAAGGAACAUGAUUGCAUGGACCUUAUCAAUUCAACAUCUAGCGUACGAACAGACUUGCAACAGACACCAUUGAAUAAUGGUGAGUUAGUCCUCUAUUGUGAUGGAUCUGCAAUGAGACCAGAUGAUUCAACUAUCCUUUCAGGUUACGCUAUUGUAGAUGAUCAAGGCCAUUGCCUAGAAUCCUACAAAUUACCAGUUUCUUCUGCUCAGGCGGCUGAGUUAGUAGCUUUAACUAGAGCCUGCCUAAUUGCAAAAGAUAAGAGUGUAACUAUAUAUACUGAUUCUAAGUAUGCUUUUUCUGUGGCACAUGAUUUCAGUAAAAUCUGGGAGAACAGAGGAUUUGUCACCACUGCUGGUAAACCAAUUCAACACGCCAAUCUUGUCAAAGAAUUGCUUGCAGCCAUGAUGUUGCCGGAUCAAAUCGCAGUUGUAAAAUGUACAGGCCAUUCAAAAUCUGACAAGGAAGUUGCUCUGGGUAACAAUUUAGCCGACAAAUAUGCUAAAGAUGCAGCCCUUAAUGCACCCCUCUCUCCUUGGAUGGUCUCUCAUUUCCCCUCUCUCCAACUCUCUGACCCUCCCUAUACGAUGGAUGAUCUUGUUUCACUUCAAGGGCAAGCCUCACCUUAUGAGAUUACACGAUGGCAGAAGGGGGCUGUUAUAAGGACGUCGAUAACUUAUGGAAAUGUCAUGAUCAAAGAAUUGCCCUCCCAGAAUUAG